GUAAGAUUCAUGCCUCGACUGCUAUGCACUUAAAAAUAGAUAUGCAGUCACCAUCAAAGAAUGCGUAAAUCAGCACAAAACAACGGUUUCCGAUCCAUGCACUUUUCUUGGAAUUACAAGCGCUUGUCACACAUGUGCCAUCUGUCUCUGGUCUUCUCUCGUCAGUUCUUUACCGCUUCAUACUGCAUUACACUUUGAAACUAUCAAGAAAUGUCGACUAGUAGAGGGAAUCAUUUUGUCCUCUACAUGUUCCAGCAAGAUUUAGAUAACAUGAAGAAUUGGGUCCUACAGUAUCCCAAUCGGGAAACUGGAGGCGACUUGUUUGGAUUGUGGUCCGGUGAAGGAGACAACGCUGUUAUUCAUGUUGUUCUUGGUCCUGGUCGAGACUGUACUCAUGGAGAUUAUAAUUUCUACCAAGAUGUAGACUACCUGGACAAAGUAGGCAGCCUUCUAACUGAAAACUACAUGCUUGGGCACAUCGGUGAAUGGCACUCGCAUCAUCAGCUGCAGCUUGAUAGACCCAGCGAAGGAGACUGUUGGACAAUUCAGAAAAAUUUUCCGGACGGUUCAUGCGGCUUCUUCCUAAUGAUUGCUAAUAUUAUCGAUCGAGAUAAUGUUAUCUUUUCCCCAUACAUUUUCAAAGGUAAAUCAGGGCCCUGUAGAGCUGGUUAUGUAGAACCAAUAGAUAAAAAGGGUCCUUUCUACCGUAUGCGCGAUAUUUCUCAAAAAUUAGAAGAUGGAAAGGAAAUAAAUGUGGUUGAACCAAGAAAAGAAUUAGAGACAGUGGUGGGUAAACAAAAAUCCACUCUGGUUGGCAUAAAGGACAGCAUAAAGGACACUGUGACCAGUUUUAUUUCUCCAAACAAUUCAAGUCCAGAUACAAGUUCGAGGGGUACAUACACAACUUCUUCUGGAGUCAUGCCAGUGAAGCCCAUGCUUUACACAGCUGUUUCCAGUGGACCUCAAACUGAAAAGAGAGUCGUGAAGUAAUUGAAAUUAUUUACUAUGAGUUGAGGCAACGUGUAGGAGAAAUAGAAUUAGCUUAUGAUGAAAACAGUACGAAGAACUUGAACAUGACAUUUGGUUAUUAUAAUCAAGAAGUUUCAUUAGGUUUUACUCAUACGUUUCCAUUGCGUCCAGCUACAAUUAUGGUGAAUAAGAAAUUACUGGACUAUAUUUUCUUGAAGAAAUGCUUCACUGUUCAAUCAUUCGACUAAAACAAAUUUUUAGAAGUAGCCUUCACAUUAUUAAACAGAUCGGCUGAACGUAGUUUAUGGAAGCAAUCAAUUUGUCUCAACGUAGUAACUAAAUGAAAUCCCUUUCAGAAUGAAUAAAAGAUAAAUAAAACAAUA